AUGAUUGCAUCCAUCUCUGGAAAUACCAUCGCUUCACAAUGCAACUCCCCCUCAAAAACCAAAGCGUACUUGACAAAAAUUAAAACAAUCUCACUGGCUUUACUCAAAAAAUAUUGGUUCUUAUUGGGCCUUGCAUUUGUCAUCGUUCUCGCAACUCAAGUACCAGACGUUGCAAGAAGAGGGGGCUACAUACGCGCCGAAUGGACCAUUAAAUGGGGUGCAGUGAUUCUCAUCUUUUUAAUUUCUGGACUAUCACUUCGAACGAAAAUUCUUGCCAAAACCAUUUUACGCGUUCGCCUGCAUGUAUUAAUCCAAGUCAUUAAUCUCAUCAUUAUACCCUUUUUCGUCUUUGGCAUCAUUCUUUUGCUCUUUAAAUGUCACGCUCCAAUCAAUUCUCUCAUCCUUAUUGGCGUUGUCAUCGCCGCCAGCACACCCACCACCGUCUCUUCCAACGUCGUCAUGACCAAAAACGCCAAAGGCAACGAAGCUUCCGCUUUAAUGAAUGCUGCCCUUGGCAACGUUUUGGGGAUCUUUGUAUCGCCGGCUUUGGUAUCUACAUUUCAAGGCCCACUUCUCAAUGCCACACCUGAAGACGAAAGUCAAAAUCAAGUGGGUGGGGUCGUGGACUUUGUGUCGGUAUUGAAGCAACUCGGCUUGACGGUGCUGGCCCCGUUGAUUGUUGGCCAGAUCAUUCAAUGGUUUUAUACCGAAACAGUGGCAAAGAUCAAGGUCAAAUGCUAUCUAUCCGAAGUCAGCAGUAUCGCAUUACUGGCCAUGGUGUGGUCCGUGUUUUCCGAUGCUGUUUAUUCAGGCUCUUUUGCCGCCGUCACCACCAAAGAUAUCAUUAUCGUCGCUGUUAUCAACGCCAUUUUUUACAUCCUCUUUUCUCUUCUUUGCAUUUUCCUUGCAUACAUUCCUUUGCCACGUUGCGUGAAAACUCCGAAAUGGGUGAAUCGAUUUCGAUACAGUCGCGAAGACACCGUAGCUGUCAUGUAUUGCGGUGCUACAAAAACCGUUGCUAUGGGAGUUCCACUGAUUAAUGUGCUUUAUCAGAAUGGCAAUCCUGGCACCGUGGGUGUGCUGUCUACGCCUCUGUUACUGUACCAUAUCGAACAAUUGAUCAUGGGCAACAUUCAAGUAGAGAUUCUCAAGAAAUGGGUGCUCCGCGGUCAGGAACAACAACAAGCUUUACCGAGUCAACGAGACGACCGAAUUCCAGGCUGUGACAGCAUUAUCAGCCAAAUGGACGCCACCAAAGCAUCCCAGUAA